AUGGCGACGUCACUUGCAUCCGAUAAGCCCGUCGCAGCCUCGGCUGCCGGCGAGGCAUUUGACCCUUUCGUAACAAGCCCGUCGGGUCCAACGCACCUACGACACUCAAAUUUCGACACCAGUCUUCUUGCACUCAGCCCUGGGACAUCUGCCGAACAGGUGAAACGCGCCAUCGAGGCCCACCUGAGAGACACGGAACGGCGAAUGGAAGAAGCAGGAAAGCUCGGCACCGCCCUGGUACAGCAGCGGAAGGAACUAGGAGACCGUCUGCGAGAGGUCGAACAGCUGCAAUCCGAGGGAGAGCUGAAUUCAGAUCUGCGGCGGCGGCUCGUCGAUAUCGAAAAGGAUUACAAUGAUGUGGCUAGGGAGAGCGCGCGUGCUCUUCUUCCCAAGCAAAGGAUUCCUAGCAAUGAAGCUGCUCAAGGCUCUCCAUUUGCCCCUGAAGGGAAAGGCGGCAGGCGCUCUGUGAGCCCGUCGAAAUUUGAGAGUUUGGCAACAGGCUCCCCGACAAAGCUCAGCGUUCCCAAUCGAAAGCUUCGCAACCAGCCGACCAGUCGAAUUCACGACAUCGAGUUCGCUGCCGAAAUCAGCACGUCCCUGAUCUCCCAGGUUCGGAAUCUGCAAGGCCUUCUUGCCGUGAGGGAUGAAGACUUGAGGAAGACCAAAGACGAAGUAUCCAAACUCGAAGUGGAGGCCGAAACUUUUCAACAGCGGAAGAAAAAUUUUGACGAGAGUGAAAGCCGCUACAACGAGGAGAAUUGGAACCUGGAGACUCGAAUCCGUGAGCUGGAGGCGGAGCAGACCGACGCGGCGGAACGUCUGAAGAAAACACAGCAGUCGUUGAAUGUUCUCCAGGCCGAUAAGAAUGCGACCCAAAAGGAGCUCGAGGAAGUCAAGGACAAGUUUGCGAAGCAAGACGAGAAGCACGCUGUCGCGACGAAGAACCUUGAAAUUGAGCUUGGGACGAGCCGACGCAACGCGGCCAUCGCCGAAAGCGAGCGCUUGGUGAUGCAGAGGAAGGUUGAAGAACUGACAAGCCAAAACCAGGAGCUGGCUAAAGCAUUCUCACUCCAGCGCGGACGCACGACCGAGAGAGAGUCUGGCUUUGGCAUGAGCGACGACGAGUUCCAAACAGCGACUGACAAUGGUACUCCUGAACAUUCCCCGCCGCCGUCGCCAGUUAAGGGGACUCCUAGACACUCUGUCCUUGAAUCCGAAACUCUCAAAACUUCUCUGGGCCAUGCUCAACGGACCAUUCAGACCCUCCGAACCAAUAUUCACCGCGAAAAGACCGAGAAGCUGGAGCUGAGGCGCAUGCUUCAGGAUGCGCGGGACGAACUCGAGAGGUCUAGGGGCGACCCGAAUGCGAACAGGAAGAGCCGAAAGGUCGAUUCCAAGGAGUUCAAGAAGCCUCUCAGACUUGGCCAACUCGGCACUGCAAGGUUGAGCAGGACUGAGCUUUACCUCGACGAUCCCGAAUGGGAGGAUCACGGUGACGGCCAGUCGCCCCGCUCUCUUUCAGCUUCUGGGUCAACUCGCUCAUCUGGACACGUUGCGCCGAUUCCAGAGUCCAAAAGCGACCACUUCGACACGGCAAAUGAAGCUAGCGAAUCUGCCUUUGAGACUGCCCAUGAGCGGGCGACCGAAACCGAAGACUUCCAAACCGGUGCUGAGGAUAUGUCGGAUGACGAUGCAGCAACGGAAACUGAGGCUAGCCCGUCGAAGGGCGCGGGUCGGAUCAAGCGUCCCCUUGCGCUCCCCCUGAACCAAGCUAGCAAUCGGUACUCAUUCGAGAGCACUGCAUCAACUUCCAACGAUGAGGACAAUUACGGAAUGAGUACUGAUUUGAGGACCCCCACAACUCAGCCAACUCAGAAGAUGCGCCUGCGUGUGAGCCGUGGCGCCCUCAAUCGUCGUUCCAGACAGGUCAGCGAGGAGCCCACUCUCCAGAGCAGCCCCGCGAGCUUUGCUGUCAGUAGUGCUGCCAGCACUCCGCAACAGGCAGGACAGAGUUUAUUUGCCGAAUUGGGUGAAUUCGAAGGCAGUGACGAGGAUUCGUAUGUGGGUGGCGCCACUCCCAGCAGGAGAAGCAUCCGAUCUGUCACUCCAGGCAGUUUCGCUCGAGGACGCGCCUCGCCGCCUCCAGAGGUUCCAGCCCUACCAAAGGUGAUCAUGAUCGACAGCGGCACAAUGACCGAGCCUGUGGAGGUCAAGCCUCUGCCCUCUUUGUUCGAAUCGCCAGCCGGAGAUAGCGAGACUACCCAUGCGCCGGAGGAGAUCGACGAUUCAGUAACAUCCCGUCAAAGUGUGAUAUUCGGCGAACGCCCGAUGUCUAUGGAUUCUGUUAUUGGGCCUACUGGAUCAUUUUCCUCGACCCACUGGCUCGGAGACGAACUGAAAGACGGGGAAUUGUCGCGACCUCUCUCACAAAUCUCCUAUAGCGAUGCCAGUGUUCAGCAUGACACGGACAUGGAGUCUAAGUUGGCGCAAUUCCCGUCACCGCCUACGUCGCCCCCUAAACGCGGACUUUAUCCAACCCCUAUCCUUCGCCCUCCCCAGCACUUGAGCCUGUCUUACAUCCAAAUCGAAGCGAUCGAGCCCGAGGCUAUUCCGGAGACUCCUUCCACCCCACCAUCGUUGUCGGUAUCUUCCAUUCUCUCCGAGCAAACUGAGCCGAUAAUAGAGCCCGAGGUGCCUCCCGAGACACCUGCAUUCAGCAUCUCAUCUUUAGUGUCUGAGAAUAUCGAGCCUCAAGCUGAGCCAGAACCAACACUGCCUGAACCGCCCAGCCUGAGCAUACCUGCGAUUCUCUCGCAAUAUGUUGAGCCGAUUGCUGAACAGGAGUCUCCUCCCUCGCCAAUUGCCCUGUCGCUUUCAACCAUUCAUGCUCAAGAUGUCGAGCCUAUCGAACUUCAAGUCAGCUCGCCCUUGGUCGAAAGCCGAUCUCAGGCCAUUGUAGAAACGCCUGCCUCGGUUGGCUUCUCUUUCUCCCCCGUCAAGUCAGAGCAUAUUGAGCCAUUGAGCGAGCCAAGGGCCUCUCCGACCCGCCUAUCAUUUUCUCCAAUUAACGCGGAGGAACUGGAACCUCUCCGCGAACCCGAGACACAACCGGUUGCGCUGUCUCUUUCCACUAUCGAGUCACAACAUGUCCAGCCCAUUCAAGAAGCGGAGACGCCACUCAUGCUAUCUCUAUCCUUAAUCUACACCCAUGAUGUUGAGCCUCAAGAAAUUCCCGCCAGUCCUCCUCCUGUACUGUCUCUCUCAGGCGUUCAGUGCCAGGAUAUUGAACCUAUUUUGCCCUACGAGGCUGUUGUCUCCCCCCCGACUCUCAGUUUCUCUGCGAUUGGGGCCCUGCACAGCGAGCCCGUUGAACCCCGCAGUCCUAAGCGGAACGCGUUUAUCAUCCCCCGUGAUGUCGAAGCCGGUGCUAGGGAUGAAUAUGAACGAUCACAAUCUCCACCAAAUAUCAUGCAGGGAUGGGACGCCACGGCGUUGUCAGCAGACGAUGAGCCUGCUUCUGUCCGGAAGCACCUGCAGCCAACAUCUGAUCAGAGUGCUCAGACGUCACUGACAUCCGAAGCCAUUGAUCAGAUCCUGAAUGCAAAGAACAAAGCGUUCGUGGUUCCUGGUCUUGAGAGGUCUAACUCCUUUGGUAGCAUGGGCACCCCAUCCACGGUCCGAGUCCAUCGGCCACGCCAGGCUAGCAUUGACAGCCCAGUCAGAUCGAAGGGCAAGGCUGCAGAGCUUGCCCUGGACAUGCCCGAGAGUGUACUUCGACGACCUGGCAGCUCUGCAAGCGGCCGGGCUUCCUCCAUUAAAGAUGUCCCGCCCCUGCCAGCGAACCACAAGGAGGUCAUCGAGGCAGCCAGAACUGGUUCUUCAGGCGGCGGCCAGGGUGCGAUUGGAAGCAUGGGACCGCCACUCUUCUCGGCCUCAGCUCUCCGAAAUCAUAACGCGGCUCUGCGGCCACGGACUCCUAACGGCUCCCGUCGGCCGAUGUCUCCUAUCUCGGUCAACUCUGUCAUAAACUCUGGUCGGGGGACCCCAACACCGCGACUUGUCGCUAGGAGCGGCUCAGUCUAUGGUGCCGGCGAAGUGCAUUCGCCCUCCAGGUCUACUCAUCUCAGCAGGAAAUCUUCAGUUUCGUCAUUUGCUUCUGAGAUCGACUCACGUUUCAACAUGCAAAAUGCGGGCGGGUUCGACGCGCAGGGCUUUGGGCCAAACACCGAUCCACGCAUGAUACAGGCUAUUACCCAGACCAUGAUCGGCGAGUACCUAUGGAAAUACACCCGGAAAGCGGGCCGUGGCGAGCUUUCCGGGAACAGACACCGAAGGUACUUUUGGGUCCACCCGUACACACGGACGCUGUAUUGGAGCGAUCGCGAUCCUUCGGUCGCCGGCCGCGGAGAAUUACGGGCCAAAAGUGUCCCGAUUGAGGCAGUGCGUGUCGUUACGGACGACAACCCUAUGCCGCCUGGCUUGCACCGUAAGAGUCUAGUAAUCAUCUCGCCCGGUCGAACGAUCAAGUUCACUUGCACGACGGGACAGCGGCACGAGACUUGGUUCAACGCUCUCUCCUAUCUUCUCCUUCGGACACACAACGAAGGACAGACCGACGCGGAAGAGAUGGCCGGGCAUAUCACCAGGGAAGAUGUCGAGGAGUUCAACCCAUCGUUUGGGAGACGGCCUGUAGAGGGUAACCGGGCGGCGGCGUCGCUGUCAUCGUACAAUUCGCGAACUGUCCGCAACGAUUCUCCAGCUAUCGACAUGUCUAUGGAGCUUCCUACCCUCACACCUACCCACAAGAAGCCUGUUCAGGGCCGUCCACCCUAUGGCACCUUCAGUAGGAUCAGUGGUUACUGGAAAGACAGCAAAGUUCUUUCUGGAACCUUUGGCAGCCUGAGAAGCAGAAGUGUCUCGGGCCGUGAUUCCGCCCAUAACAUUUAUGAGGCAAGCGAAGUUCAGGACAGCGCCGAAGACCUGAGGCAGAUGAUUGAAAGACAAGACCGUGAAGCCGAUAGGCUGGAGAAUGUUCGAGCGUGCUGUGAAGGAAAACACGAUGUUGGCACUUUGACGGGCGGCUCUAAGAGCAGUCGCCACGCAAGAGGACACAUUCAUACCCACAGCCACUCGGGCACUUCAGUUACACAAACUCCAGCCGGUACUGUGCGAUCCCGGGCAUGA